AGCAACAGUAGUUUCGAUUUUCCUACUACUCGACAAUGGCGGGGAAAUGAAAAACGACGCACUUAUAUUUUUUUACUGAAUUUAGGAGAUCUCGCUUUGGUUUAUUUUCGCACGGUGAUCACUGUCGUGCAACACGCAAAGAAAAGACAUCUAGAUCUACUACUACGUCUCUUCUAAUUUUUUGACUAAUUAUACGAGCCUCUUACUGAUACAUUGGCGACAUCAUCAUGUCAGCAGCUAGUCGUCGUGCGAGUGCGACCACCUCCACCCCCACCCCGGGCACAGCUUCUCCCGUGGUCAACUUAAUUCACCCCAUCCCGGUCCCGUUUCCCGAGCCCAGCACGGCGAUCGCCUUUCAUGACUUCAUUCCAGCUCGAAACAAGCAGCCGCUGCUGAAGGCCUCGGCCAACCGGAAGCAGUUUGUCCGGGCCCUGCGUGACCCGGAGGCUUCGUUGUCUAUCAAAUGCAAGUACAAUUUUAUUCUUUAUGUCUGGCCCUGGGCACCAGAAGUCUGGAAGUAGAGUGACCAGGACCACUUUGUCUGUCAUGCAUUUCCUGGAACAGAUAGAUGAUGGCUUCGCAAAGCAUCGUAGGUUUAUUUGAUGAGAAGUACGCUCCAUAUCAGUGCCUAGUUACUUACCCCGCAUGAGAAAUUCUUCCAGAUCCAGGCUCAGACAUCAUAUUCGCAAUGCAUACUUUUGAAUGCAGAGCAAAUCGCGUUCCACGGCCAUGCGUAUCUCCAGGACCUGUUUUCCUUAUGGCGUUCUCAAACGUUGUUCCUACAUUGAAGAUCACAAACCGCAACAGGGAAAACCAAAACCUUGCGCUUCCUGCAUGACAAAUUCGCGGCGAAUUUCCAUCUUGUUGAGCGCACUGGAAAGAACUUAGCAUGCGGAGUAGCUUGAUCAUGCUCGUGCAGCGCGGAAUGUGACGCAGGUUCAUCUGCAUGACAAAUCACCAAGAAAUCAUCGUCACUGUGAUCAAUGUAAACGUUUGAGAACGCUAUACUUCUUGAUGGACCUGUGUGAAGCUACCAAUCAAGUGUCCUCAACCAGUAUCGCAGAUCUUGGGUCAAGCCGAGGUAAGCGGCGUGAGGUGGUCCCCUCGCCCCGUCCAUUACCGGAUCCAGAUGAAUCUCCGACAUCGGCAGGCCGGAGAAACAGGGAGACCGCGAGUACCGCGUCCUCCUCUGGUGCUGUCGUGGAAAUCAGCAGAGUUCCCUUGCUCAGUAUCCAUCAGGAAAAAAAAUACAGUGUAGUGACAGUUGGAGACGAGAAGUAGCCUACUUACAAUAUUUCUUUCACAUCAUGACAGGAAAAAGCUAAUGGUCAUCAUGCGCCACCAGCAGCAAAUAAUAUCAUAAUCAUGGUCAUGCAUCAUGAAUGAAGAGAGGGUGCUGUAUAGACAUACGGCGUGACAAGUUGAUCAAGAUGAGCUUAUUUGCGCUCCGCAUUGCAACCCGGUGGGUUUUUUUCUACUUGGAUACUUCGUUGGGCCUCGGGGUUUUCGACCAAGCGCAAACCCAUCGACCCGAAAACCUUCACGAAUUUCCGGGACAUCUGCUAUCAAACAAAAAAGUGUUAACGUAUAACGGUUUUCAGAGAUUGCAGCUAUGCAUGACAGAUUUUGCCUAGAAUGCAUGCCAUGCAAUACAAAUUCAGGCGCCAUUCCUCCCUGAUGCGUUCCUGCAUCUUCACAAGUUCUGUUGACGCUAACGCUUUUUCCUGUGAUAUCUGCCACUUCGAGAUCAUCAUGACGGGGCUCUCCAUCGCAGCCGCGAAGCUCGCAGUGUGUGGCUUCAUAUGAACUGCAAAAGUAUCGUACUCGUAUAAAUGCAUUACAAAUUUCCUCAGCAUGAAGAAUAAAAUUUGUAAUGCGGAACUGCCUUGGAAACGAGAUUUGUAAUGCAAGACUUGCAUUGGUACGAGUACGAUAUUUUUGCACAGGAUACUUCACCGUGCAGAAGGUCGCUGCCGGAUCCACCACAUAUUCUAGCAGCUCUUUCACUGCCAGCGGCGGGCCGCCAGCAAUGGAGGGAGGGAUGGGUGAAGUUGUAUUCGCGGCGUCUGGAGCCGCCGGCGGGUGGGCAUCUUCCCCAGCUUCGGGUGCUGGGUCAUCUUCUGCCGGGCAAACGGCAAUACAAUCUGCUAAACUCUUCGACCAAAAGGACCUGGAGACCGCACUGCAGCACGCGAAAGAGGCCCAUGCGCUCUACGAGUUUCUGGUCGAGUUUAAUGGCCGCCUGUCGGUGAAGGCGAUCCAAGAUCUUUUUCCCGAAAUCGACCCCCGAAUGCUGGACGCCCUGCUGGGAUACGCGCACCUGUGCAUGAAUGUGCUCGCGCUGGAGGCGGUCUUGAACGGCGAAAGGCGGGCGACGCUGAAAAAAUCCCUGCUUGCGUCCAUUGCGGAAAAUAACCGUACCGAGGCGACGCAAGUGAUGACACUGCUGCGCCCGUUCCUCACAAGUAGUACGGGAAGGAUGGCCGAUUUUGAACAUGUGAGGAGAUUAUCGGACCACUGCGAAGAAUACGCCGCCAUCAUGGGAAUCGUUGCUAACGGAUUCUCAUGCAUUGCAAAAGUAUCGUACUUGUCGUUGUAGUUGCAGGUAUGCAUUACAGGUCUUAUUCUGGACGUAAAUCCGCAUUGCAAAUUCAAUACUUCAUCAUGCUGGGAAAAUUUGCCAUGCAGUUUCCACUAUUGCGAUGCUUUUCAUCCUCUUGCAGGGCAUAAUUCAAAGCGGAGGAGCUGUACGAGGCGAACGAUUUUGGGAAAGCGGAGGGCUUCGCAAAUAUAGCACUAAAUAUCGCACAGAAGAAAAAAGCUAGCAUAUCUCCACAUUUGGAAAAAGAAAAUGCAGAAAGCAGCAGAAAAACAGAAAGAUCUGCCCUGGGAUACCCCAUGUAGCAUUUUUCUGCUCGAGACAUGAUGGUGCAAGAAAGAGUUCUUCAUUGUGUACUUCUAGUAUUCACUUUUGCAACAUCUACACAUGUGAUAUGCUACUAGUUUUCUUCCCAGUUGGAUACUGAAGAAAUUCUACCAGGAUGAGCUGAAGGUUAAGUUUCCCAGAAACUACAACAUGCAUCCUCCCGACCACUCGACCAUGAUCAAGACACCCUCUGUGACCUUGACAGCAAUGCGAAAAACCUACAUUCACGACUACUGGAAGGGCAAACUGCGCGAGAUCGUGUACCACAGGAAAAAAUGUAUAACGUUAUACGGAAUCUUCUGUGAUGCAGCCAUGCAUCACAAAACAUGCCAGAAUUUGUCAUCCAUAGCAUUCGUAAUGAGCUACAUUUGUGAUGAAUGACUGCAAUCUGUGAUGAAAUAACGCUUGUUUUUCUUGUGAUAUCGUGAAAGAGAAUUCCACAAUCUACUUCCAGCCCGUCCCGGACCCGUUCGAAGAUCAGGUAGAUGCUGCCCCCGGCUCAUCCCCCGGAGCAUCAGUAGCCGCAGCCUACCAAAUCGCCCCGCGCUCCUUGGCAACGAACAGUCAAAAAUUCGACGCUUGGAAAAGUGUAUGCUUCGGUGCAGAGAGUUACAAUCACCUUGGUAUUCAGUAUUUCCCGGCACCUUCAUCUUGUGGAUGAAAAAUGAAUAUAAGUAAACAGAAAGUAGAGAAACACUUUGAUUCUUGUUCCGUAUGGGUAAGCAUGCUAUUCUUUACCAUAUUUAUAUAUAUCCUGAGAGUCGGAGAGGGAGAAUCAGAAUUCGAUGGUGAUUUAUUUCACUCGCAUAGCUUGGACAGAGAAGUUUCUCGGUGGAGGAGCUGAGAUUGGUAUGGGCCGGCGAAAACGAGGAAAUCGACGAGGACACGAGCUACGUGUAUACUGGUGAGGACGACGGGGGCGCUCCAGUCCUCUUUGCGAGUCGUCCAACUGGAGUUUUUCCGGAGGCCGAAGUAACGAGUGCUGCUGGUGCGGACGAGGGAGUACGAGGUGCUGGUCCACAGCGGGCCGUCGCCGUGCCCCGCCCGCCUGCGGGUGAUAAAAGCCAAGGCGCUGCAAGAACAAGCGGUCGCGAAAACCGGACCAAAACCUUCGGGAUCCUGAAUGAUGGACAGCUGCAACAAAUUUUGAGUGGGACGUCGAACACGAAUGAAGUAGAAGUCAUGGGGAGCGACGACUGCAUUGGCGAAAGUGGAGGCACGGCUAGCGCUCGUGGUAGUACCUCUGCUGGUAGACAAGCUGCUGAUCAUCACGGAAGCCCGCCGCUGGUCGUGCAAGGCAGUCCUAUCUAACAAGCUUGCGCACGUAGAACGACGAGAACGGAGGACGACUCUAACUCUACAAGCUUCCGUGUGCUGUUCAGGCUGGUGACCAACAGACCAGGUCGCGUCUUCACCCUGGUUAACCGAGGAUGACCAUCACGGUUAACUUGCUGGCGCCACGUGCUUCUACUGCCGACAAUUUCGUACAAACAGACACAGGCUGAAGAUUUGAUCAGCGAUUUCGUUGAUGAUCUACUUCAUCUACAGCAUCUUCCCGACUUCAACAUCUUCAUGUCGCUUAGUGUGGCCGAUGUGUUCGAAUCGCCCGGUUGUACAGGAGCGGCCCUUGGUCGUGCUUCUACAGCUCUGCGCGUCCUCAAAAAUGCAGCACAACGAGAGAGGUAGAUGAGCGGCACGAUCAGC